AUGGCUCAUUCCCAGAGCCCAUCUACUGCUACGGCGUUCAACUCUCUACCCAUAGAGCUCAACAAGGCCAUUGCUCAUGAGCUGCACGACGACAAGGACAUCGCGGCCUACAAGGCCACCUGCCGUGCUACCAACGAUGCCAUCGACGCCGAUAACCUAUCUUUCUGGCGCGCAAAGUAUCGCGAGAAGUACGACUUCAAAGCCGGCCCUUCCAACCUCAACCUGCGUAGGGUAUAUCAGCGUCGCUCCCGACUUUUCAAAUACGGUCUUCGUUACAAGUUUCACUACGGAACCCGUCAGGGGGAGAGGCAGGUCAUUAACAUGAUCAAAGACAUGAUCAUUGAAUCCUAUCAAGGAGCUACCGAAGUUGACGAGCAUGGCCGUCUUCGUUGCAAGAACCACGUCCACAUUGUCGACUUCAUUCUCAAAUCCCAUAUCCUCAACAACGACCGACGGGCCCCUGAGACCCAAAACGGCAAGAUGGCUUACAUCGACGAUGGGCUUGCCGCUGUCCGGCUCAUGUGCUCGCAGUUCAUCUUCAACCUCGAAGGCUUGCGACAUGAUGUCUUUGCUUUCGAGGACUCACAGCACGCUGUCUACCUCUCAUCUGACAAGGAACGCCUCUUCACCGGAGACAACCACAACAAGUUGAACCUCAGGUGGAUGCUCCACGCGAUGAACUUCUUCCGUCACCACAUGAUGAACGAAGAUGCCCAAACUUUGUUCGACAGGAUCGAUGAGCUAGACGUUACCCAGAAGCCUUCAGCAUGGCGAGAACAACUCACCGACGGAGCCAAGCCUCUGAGCAGGUACUGGAAAGGCACCUACUCUUUCCUCGAGAACAUUGAGGUUCAGAAGCUGCGAAAGCAGGGACCAGGCAGACAGGUCUUCAUUGACAAGAACGUGGACGAGGGCAAGAUCCAGGUAGAUUUCCAAUUGGGAAUGGCCUUUACGAACCCUACUGAUCACAUGCAGUCUCUCGAGCUUGCUUUCGCAGAAGACAGUCGCCUACCCGAUGGUCGCGAGCUCCCAUGGCCACCCGUCUUCGAAGACCGCCUCCGCUCGCUUGGGAAGGACGCUGGAAAGCAGCCAGGCAUCAAAACUCAGGGUCGAAACACUACCCCCAAGACAACUACAGGAGGUAGCAUCCAAUUUGAGGGCAAGGGCGAGGACCUCGACGAUGAAUACAAGGCCCUUGGCUGGCUCAACCCACUGCCCCCUCAAGGUGGUGUCCCCGGCUGGCAGCGCAUCACCUUCAUGAAGCACUUCACUGAGGACUACGACCACCCCAACGAGGACAAUCUCUGGGCGUACGAGGGCGUUGUCUUGCCCGGUGGUCGCAUCAUCCUAGGCCGCUGGUGGUUUGCAUCAGAGCCAGGUCGUAAUGAUAUGGAGUACAACGGCCCCUUCAUCCUCUGGGCCGUCGACGAACCCGACUUUGACGAAGACAUCAGUGAUGAUGAGGGUGCUUGA